GCGGCCCUGCAGGGUCUCCGAGGCGGUUGAGACCUGCGGCUGGGUGGCGGGCGUGGCCACUGGACCCGCAUUUCCCGGAACGCGGCAUCCUUGUAAACGCCUAGACCCCGGCAGCGAGGCUGGAGGCACCGCCCACUCCUUUGGAGGUGAGCGUGGCCCAGGUAGAGCCGCCGCGCCCUGGCGCUCGGGCUCGGGCCUCAGUGACUAGCAGCUCCCCGCUUCCGGUAAGCGCUGAAAAAGGGGCCUAGCGGGGCAGUGGGCUACGCGGAGGGCCCAGGCCGCGGCGGCAGCCGCUGGUUGUCCACCUUACCUUGCGUCGCCUGUGGCGGUCCAGCCACCGUCCGAUCCGGAUAGCGACCCGGGGCGUUUAAAGCGUUUGCACAGAGUGCCUGCUUUUAGGAGGUGGCUGUGUUGUCGGAAAAGCUGUCAAGGAGGAAAUUGCCAAACCGUGUCUUUUUUUCUGUUUUCAGAGUAAUUCACAGCAGAUCUGAGUGUUUUAAUUAAAGCAUGGAAUACAGAAAACAACAAAAAACUUAAGCUUUAAUUUCAUCCGGAAUUCCACAGUUUUCCUAGCUCCCUGGACCGGGUUGACCUGUUGGCUCUUUCCACUGACUACUCUAUCACGUGGUGCUCUCCAGCUACUCAACCCGAGUGUAAAGAACUUUCAGCUCGCGUGCUUCGGAACUGCUGUGGAUGGCCCCGGCUUUCUGGACUGUCCUUCCGAGUAGGAUGUCACUGAGAUCCCUCAAAUGGAGCCUCCUGCUACUGUCACUCCUCAGUUUCCUUGUGAUGUGGUACCUCAGCCUUCCCCACUACAAUGUGAUAGAACGUGUGAACUGGAUGUACUUCUAUGAGUAUGAGCCGAUUUACAGACAAGACUUUCACUUCACACUUCGAGAGCAUUCAAACUGCUCUCAUCAAAAUCCAUUUCUGGUCAUCCUGGUGACCUCCCACCCUUCAGAUGUGAAAGCCAGGCAGGCCAUUAGAGUUACUUGGGGUGAAAAAAAGUCUUGGUGGGGAUAUGAGGUUCUUACAUUUUUCUUAUUAGGCCAAGAGGCUGAAAAGGAAGACAAAAUGUUGGCAUUGUCCUUAGAGGAUGAACACCUUCUUUAUGGUGACAUAAUCCGACAAGAUUUUUUAGACACAUAUAAUAACCUGACCUUGAAAACCAUUAUGGCAUUCAGGUGGGUAACUGAGUUUUGCCCCAAUGCCAAGUACAUCAUGAAGACAGACACUGAUGUUUUCAUCAAUACUGGCAAUUUAGUGAAGUAUCUUUUAAACGUAAACCACUCAGAGAAGUUUUUCACAGGUUAUCCUCUAAUUGAUAAUUAUUCUUAUAGAGGAUUUUACCAAAAAACCCAUAUUUCAUACCAGGAUUAUCCUUUCAAGGUGUUCCCUCCAUACUGCAGUGGGUUGGGUUAUAUAAUGUCCAGAGAUUUGGUGCCAAGGAUCUAUGAAAUGAUGGGUCAUGUAAAACCCAUCAAGUCUGAAGAUGUUUAUGUUGGGAUCUGUUUGAAUUUAUUAAAAGUGGACAUUCAUAUUCCAAAAGACACAAAUCUUUUCUUUCUAUAUAGAAUCCAUUUGGAUGUCUGUCAACUCAGACGUGUGAUUGCAGCCCAUGGCUUUUCUUCCAAGGAGAUCAUCACUUUUUGGCAGGUCAUGCUAAGGAACACCACUUGCCAUUAUUAACUUCACAUUCUACAAAAAGCCUAGAAGGACAGGAUACUCUGUGCAAAGUGUUAAAUAAAGUAGGUACUGUGGAAAAUUCAGGGGAGGUCAGUGUGCUGGCUUACACUGAACUGAAACUCAUGAAGAACCUACAGAUUGGAGACUGGAGGGUUACACUUGUGAUUUAUUAGGCCCUUCAAAGAUAUUUGGAGGAAUUAAGUAUAAAGGAAUUGGAGGUUUUUGCUGAAGAAAUUAAUAGGACCAAACAAUUUGGACAUGUCAUUCUACAGACUAGAAUUUCUUAAAAGGGUGUUACUGAAUUAUAAGCUCACUAGGCUAUAAAAACAAAACAGUGUGGAGUUUUAUUUAUUGAACGAUCUAGUCACUUGAAGGUUUUGUGUGUAUCUUAUGUGGAUUACCAAUUUAAAAAUAUAUAUAGUUCUAUGUCAAAAAACUUCACUAAAGUUAUACUGAACAAAAUUUUACCUAUUUUUGGUCAUUUUAGUAGGUACUUCAAGAUGUUGCAGUAUUUCAUAGUUAUUAUUAUUUAAUAUUACUCCAGACUUUCUGUGUUUUUAAAUGUUUUGAUGAUUUCAAUACAAUAUAAACAGGAUAGUGAAUCAUUCUUUACAUUCAAACCUUUUCCAGUUACUCAACUGAUCAGUUUAUUGUUGAUAUAUCACUCCAUUAAUGUAAAGUCAUAGGUCAUUAUUGCAUAUCAGUAAUCCCUUGGACGUUGUUAAAUAUUUUACUGUGGUAAUAUAGAGAAGAAUUAAAGCAAGAAAAUAUGAAUUAUUGUCUUGUUUUUAAAAAUAUAGUCCCUAGUGUUUUUAGAAGUCACUUAAUCUGUCUCAUUUUUCCACCUGGAAAUUAGGAAUAAUGUAGAAUGCCAGGCAGUAAUUUCCUUUUGGAAAGGACUCUAAAGGCAGAAAAAAAGGGAGAGAACCUCAUGGGCAGAAUAUUAUAAAAAGAGUGUCAUAUUCCAGCAUUUGAGUUGGAAAGAGAAGAUUGAAGAUCCAAGUUGCAUUAUUAAUCUGCCCUAUUUUUUUCCUUUUAACAAUCAGUUUGUGAAUAAAUAGGAAAGAAGCUGCCGCUGUUACGAGUUUCUCAUCAAGAUGAAAGCCCUAAUGUGUAAAGUCAAAUCUGAUUUAAAUUUUGUGCUUUUGUAGAAAGACAUUUCUUCAUGUGGUGAUAUAUCUUUUAUUGGACCUGCUAAUAGUAGGUCAAAGAGGAGUACUCCUUGUCCCCUAUUCCUGGGAUUAUGCAGUUUUCUUUUUAGAGUUUAUAUAGGGCAAGUGGUUAUUUUUUUCUGAAUUACAGGAUGGAAAAAGAUCAUAUCAUUUGUCAGGAAAUAUAAACUUGAAAGUAUGUAGUCAGCUCUUGUAAUAUUCAUAUUUAUGAUUGUCCUAUAUGAAAGACAACUUCAGUUAAAACUGUAACGUGUGGUUCUCUGUAACAAGGCGAUUUCUGUUUCCCAAGGCUCAGACCUAAUCGAGUUAUAUUAAAAUCAAUUAAAUGAAAUAUUCUAUGGAAUCGAUCUAUGCCCUUGUUAAUCUCCAUCCAUAUAGGAGUCACUUUCUUUAAGACAGAUGGUGGUAGUUAUUUUUGUGGCAUGGUUAGAUUUGACUGGUUUUGCAGAAGAUUAUAGUCAUGUACUGCAUAAUGACAUAUACAGUAGUGAUCCCAUAAAAUUAUAAUGGGGCAGAAAAUCUAUUGCCUCAUGAUGUUAUAGCCAUUGUAAUGUCAUAGCCUAGUGCAUUACUCACGUGUCUGUGGUGAUGCUGGUGUAAACAAACCUCUUCACUGCCAGUUGUAUAAAAGUACAGCACAUUCAGUUAUGUACAGUACGUAAUACUGAUAAUGACAAUAAAUGACACUGGUUUGUGUAUUUACUUUUUAU